CAGUCUCCCAACUCAUCUCUGGCUCUUAUAAACCCUGUUCGAUAUCGAAGUCUGACAACGGUCAAAUGAUUAUCUUAUUGGCAAGAGUAAAGUGUCGUAGUUGAAAUGACAGCAGAAAUCAAACCAAUUCCAGGCGCUAAUCAUGACAGGUUUAGUGCCAACAGGAAACCUAUUCUGUUGUCUAAAUUAGAAGGUUGUAAUCACGAUGUUAACGCUGCUAUUAUCAUUCCCCGGGAAGAAGGUGUUAUCAGCGUUUGCGAUGACAGGACACUUAGAGUAUGGCUAAAACGUGAUUCUGGCCAGUACUGGCCAAGCGUUUGUCAGUAUAUGUCUGCUGGGGCAACAGCUAUGGACUAUUGUUCAGAGACGAGACAACUGUUUGUUGGACUAGAAAAUGGAAACAUAAAUGAAUUUAUCUUGGAACAAGAUUAUAAUCGAAUGACGCCAAUGAGAGAGUAUUUGGCGCACCAGGGACGCGUGACUGGAGUCAUAUUUGCUUUGAACUGCGAAUGGAUUCUCAGCAUUGGUCGUGAUAAAGUUUUCCAAUUUCAUUGUUCUGCAACUGGUCAAAAGCUUGGUUCUUACCAAACGGAUGCGUGGUAUACAGCAUUGCAAUUUGAUGCGCAAUCAAAACAUGCCUUUGUUGGAGACUAUUCUGGGCAGAUAGCAAUGCUAAAACUAACUGCCACUGGUGUUACAUUGAUUACAACUUUAAAAACUCAUACUGGCAGCAUUCGUGCAUUAGCCUGGGAUUCUGAAAAGCAAUUACUUUUUUCUGGAAGUUUUGAUCAAAGCAUUGUGGUAUGGGACAUUGGAGGACGUCAGGGCACUGCCUAUGAACUUCAAGGACAUCACAAUAAGGUGACAGCCCUUUGUUAUGCAAGUAUGGAGCGUGUAUUACUCUCCGGAGGAGAAGAUGGAGUGAUAGUAUGUUGGGACAUGGCAGCGAACAGGAAAGAAACAGCAACUUGGGUGGAAUCUGAUACCUGCCAAUCAUGUGGGAAACCUUUCUUCUGGAACAUUAAAGCAAUGAUGGAUCAACGUCAGUUAGGAUAUCGACAACAUCAUUGUCGUCAUUGUGGAAGAGCACUUUGUGCCCUUUGCACUAGCCGACGUAUACCGAUACCUACAAUGGGUUUUGAAUUUGAAGUUCGUGUGUGUGACCCUUGUAAUCUUCAAAUUAAAGCAGCAAACCAAACUUCCUUGGCAUCAUUCCAUGAUGCAAAACAUAAUGUCACUGGGAUGGAUCUUGAUGCUCCUCGACGUAGGUUGUUGACCAUUGGUCAGGAUCGAGUCAUAAAAAUUUGGGACGUUACAGCAUUAUUGGAAUAAACUUCUGAAAACGUAUGUUUAGAAAAAUAUUCUACUAUACAAUACGAGAAAGGAGUAGGAAGCAUCGAACGCGUCAUUAAAAUGAACCCAGAGCCUAUUUUUAUGACUGUGUAAGUAACUCUAAUCUUGAAUGCAUUGCUCGCUUUGUGUAAUAUCAAAUAAUUGUAUAAGGCAAUGCUUAUUUAAUUAAAGAGGAGUAUGUAUGUAGCAGGGAAAAAAAGUAAAUGGCAGAUUUUCAGCAGAUAUUUUUCAGAAUUGUGUCGUCACUUUCUAGAAACUACAGCCUUGUACUCGCAAAACAAGUAACUUUAUAUGAAAGGGUGUUACUUUUUAGUCUUGAUUUAUAAUGUCAUUUUUUUUAAAUGACAAGUGCGACUUAAUUAUUAAUGGAAUAAUAGAAUCAAUUGGAAACAGACAUACUUUCAUUUUUUAUACGUUACAAGAAUAUAAUAUAUUCUAAGUAAAGUUAGUACGAGUCGAGAUCAUUGUGAUGGUGUUUGAAAUGAUUGACUAUAUACUUGUCGUAAAAGAAUAUUGUUAUGAAUAUUGUGGUUCUGCAUUUAUGGUUCAUAUCCAGAAUUAUCGACAUUUUAUACUUACGUAAUGUUUUCCUAGCCCUACUUCACUUAAAUCAAACAUAAUACUAUUUUAAUCAAUGUUAUUCUUCACUACAGUAUAUUCUGUUGAUAUUAUAUGCUACAUAAAUUUGUGAAAUAGAUUGGUGUUUGUUAAUUACGAAAAGUAUGAAAUGUACUGCUUCGGCAGGAAAAGAUUUACAUGUUCGUCGAUGAUGAAAGUCGUGGUACUUUAUUUUCGAUGAUUUCCUUAUAAAAUAAUGUCAGUUUAUAAAUGUCAAUGCCAGACAGAAAGAAGAGCUAUUUUUAUAGCUUCUACUACAGUCAAAUAUUGUAUAUUAUUAUUGUAUUUAAUGUAGUUCAUAGAAUUUUGAAUAUCUGUAGCAGUCUGGUAUAUCAGAAAAAUGUCAAACUACGUGUGUGAUGAUGUGAAUGAUGUUACGUAUGCAGUUGUAUCGUAAAUUGUUACCAAUAUGCUUAAAAAGUAUAGGUGCUAUGAUUUCUUGGAACGUUAAUAAGAUCAGUGUAGUUUAAUGUGUACCACCUCUGAUAAUUUUUACGACCAUGUAAAUCAAAUUUGUGUAUGUUAAUUUUUCUAGUACUAAACGGAGAAGUUCGUGAAAAUGACUAUGGUAUAUGUAAUUAAAAGUUAGCUUCUAGGCAAAAUUAAUAUGAUACAACAAAAUGCUAUUUCAUCGAAUGAAAUAUUUAUAUGAAGAAUAUCGACCAAAGUAUGAAAAUCUAAUAUGGUACAUCUGUUAAAUGUAUUAUACACUGAUCAAUUAUUAUACACUGAUUCAAUUUA